AUUUAAUAAAUGGGUAGUCUGUUUUCAGGUUCACAAACUUAAAAACCGAAAAUUGAAACUAAAACAAAUAGUUAAACUAAUCAAAAUUUUCAGUAGCAUCCUGGUGUUUCUAUUACAACUAUGAGACCAACUUAAUCAAUAGGAGAGCAAAUAUUAUAAGAUGGUGAAUUCUCUUUCAAUGAAGAAUAGCAAAAAGAGAAAUUUCCAUAAAUAAUAUAAGGACAUAUAAAUGUAAAUUUUAUUGAAUCUAAGGAAGCAAUUUUAAUAGAUUAAUCAGGUAAGUUAAUUAGAUAAAUAACUGAUUGUAAAUAAAAUAAUUAUUGCUAUGAUUGCAAUUAACUAAUUUAAGACACUGUUAUAAAAAUAAUUUGCUAACAUUAGUUCCAUUAAAAUUGUUUUAUUUAAUUAAUAGAAAAAUAAUUAUCAAAUGAAGAAAGAUUCAUAAUAAAGUGCAAAUGCGGUACAAAAUUGAAUCCAAAUAUUUUAAGAUAAAUAGCUGAUGUUGAAAUAUAAUCAAAAUUUCUAUUCUAAAUUUUUACCAAUUAGGUUUUUAAAUUAAUAUCAAAUUCACAAAUCAGAAAAUUAUGUGAUGUUAAAUAAAUUUAGAUGAUGAUAGAAUAAAAUACAAAAAAAUAAGACUUUGAUUUUAACUAUGAUGAAAAAAAAGUAGAACUUAAAAAAAAAAUUACUGAAUAUAUAAUAGAUGAAAGUGGUAUUCUACAAAUAAGUUAAUCAAAACUCUUAAUUGUUAGUGUUUGUUUAAAUUGUGGAAUUGAAAUUACAAAUUCUUUGCUAAAAUUGAAUUGUGGACAUAUUUAUCACUAAGAUUGUUUUAUGAAUUGGUUAAAAUUUUAAAUUGAAGAUAGAAGAAACCCUAUUAUUAAAUGUAAAUGUGGAACUAAAAUAAAUACUAAUAUCAUUAGAAGGAUUCCUGAAAGUAAAAUUAGAAUGAAAUUUUUGAACUAUUUGUUUUCAGUGUAAUUGUCAAAAAUACUACCUUAUUUAAAGAAAAUUGACGAUUUUGAUUAAAUUUGGGAUUUAUAUUAUGAAAAUUAAUAUACAGAAGAUCAAGAUUACAAUAGUUCAUCAGGAUUUUUAUAUUUCAGUAAUUAUUCUACACCAGGAGGAGAUUGA